AUGAAUUUUUCAAUUCUGGCAAUUUUUUCUUUUUAUUUUUUCGCUCAACUAUGUGUAAUCGCAUGUAUGGAGGGAAAUCCUGGCGGAAAAUUGCCUGAUAAAGCUAAUUUUAAUGAGAAACAUCCUGGAGGAAAGAUGCGUGUAAAAGGAACUCCUGUUGGAAAAAUAGAAGGUCAAGCAAGUUUUAGUGGGAAACCAGGAGGAAAAUUUCUCGAUAAUAUGAGAAUUCAACAUGGAAAUCCGGCGUUAAGGGCUUAUCAUCAGGAUUGGCAACCAUAUGAAGCGCCCCAUGUUGGACCAAUCACGCAGGAGGAGAUCAAUAACUACCGUCGCCAUCAAAACGUUAAUCAAUUUCCUGAUUUACAUGCUCCACCAGAAGGUAAAUAA